ACCCUCGUCUCUCGUCGACUCGCGGUAAGUUCGUUCUAUCCGGGCUACGUUCCGAAGUGUGCCGACAAUACCGCUGUCCGAUAGUACAGCUGCGUUCCGAUAUUUACCGUUUAAGCCCGCGUCAGUUCUCGAUAGAUUUAGUAACGUAGAAGAAAUGCUGCGUUCCGAUUGGUUAAUCUUCAGUGUGUCACUAGAUCUAUGAGAAAACAAGCAUCGUACGACGUAGGGACGGGCAAAAUCAUCGAGUGUUGAGACUUCGAUGUUCACUGGUUUCUGCCUACAGGACGCGGUGAUGCUUGCCGCGCGCGGCAAGCAUUCUGCCGCGUUUUGCGGACGGAAGCCAUAACCUAGCGUGAUUUGUGUGUACUUUCUCAGAGGGCGUAUCGAAAACAAUCCCCUGAGAAACGCACAAGGAUGGCUGUUCUCAGGUUUCCUUCUGUUCGUGUGCAGCAGCCUCCGGCAUGCCCCGAUGCGGUGUAGGUGCGGGUGACCGGGUUCGCUGCAACUUAAAACUCAGUCUCCCGCGAGGUGAGCGUCGCUCGAUGACGACAGGAUGAGCGAAGUCGCAGGGAACACGUGCCAGGAACACGCGGACGAUGCGGUCACUUUGGGCACACACGUGAUAAUCAAGAAGCAAAGCUACAGUAAGGUGUACAAGGUGUCUAAAAACGGUAUUCUGACGCUCGGUAAGGACCAGGUGGAGAUGCGCGAGAUCAUCGGCAAGCCGUUCUGGAGCACCUUCGAGAUGGUGUCGGUGCAAAACGGCAACAGAACCUUCACCCUGAAGCUGGCCGAGCAGACGGAGUCGUGGGACGACCUGAAGGGCGAGCUGAGUGGACACGACAAUCGCUCGAUCACGGACGACGGUAUGUCGCAGAAGCUGUCGAAGGAGGAGAUCCUGCAGCUGCAGGAAACCGGCAAGACCGGCAAGGAGAUCAUCGGCAGCCUUAUAGAAAACAGCAAGUCCUUCGCCGCCAAGACCGAGUAUUCCCAGGAGAAAUACAUCAGGAAGAAGGAGCGCAAGUACUUCAAGUUCCUGACGGUAUGCCGACCCACCGUGGCCUCGCUGCACGAGGUGUACUUCAGACUGAACCACGACAAGAUCGGAGGACUGCGAAUGGAUGCACUGGCGCAGAUUUUGUCCUAUAGUGAUGUGCAGUCGGACGGCCUGCACAUGCUGUACGACAGUGGAUCCCAAGGACUGCCCGCCGCAGCAAUGUUGGACAGGAUAGGUGCCGGCACCAGUGGUCACCUGAUCAAUCUGCAUCCGGGUAAUAUACCUCAGACCACUAUCGUUCAGGCCAUGAACUUUCCUCAAGAGUUGAAGGACAGGCACGUCGCGGUGAACAUCUACAGCUUCCUGAGAUUACACUACCAGGGCGAGUCGAGCGUGUUGGAUAGCAUUAUCGCGUGUAAGAAUACCGUUGGUAACAGAACAAAAAAGCCGGAGGACUCAAUAGAGACAACUGAAAGAGCUAAUGAUGGAACCAACAGUGAUCCGGUGUUGAAUUUAGAUGACGAGGAUAUCAAAUUGGAUGAUAGGACAGAAACAGAUGUUGCAUCGGUCGCAAAUGAGGAGUGUGGCAAUACUUUAAAACGGAAACUCGACGAACCGGAGAACGUGGUGCCCGCGAAGAAGCCGAAGUGGUUCUUCGAGACGCAACGCGCGGUGGAGCUGUUGAAAACGUCCAAGGCUCGUGGCCUGACUGUCGUAGCCAAGGAGCAUCCUUUGAAUAUUGUAACCGCCCUCUUGCCCUUCCUGGGCGCGUCACGACCCUUUGUUAUCUUCCAUGCGCAUCGAGAGCCGCUGCAAGAGACUUAUAUAGAACUCAAGCAAAAGCGCAGUGUGAUAAACCUAAGAUUGUUCACGAACUUUCUGCGUUCGUAUCAAGUGUUGACCGACAGGACUCACCCUAAUAUAUUGACCAGCGAUACCGGUGGUUAUAUUUUGACAGGAUAUCUAGUUGAAUAACAAGAAAAGUGUACUUUAAUAGAUUUUGAUAUGAUGAUCCCGUCAGCGUGUACUCGUCAAAUUCAAAUAUUAAGGAAUAAGAUGUACAGCCGACAGAAAGGGAUAGAAAUUAUAGUUGAAUUGAAAGAUUGUAAUAAAGUAAAAGCAAGAAAUAAAGUUUUUUAUAUCAUA